AUGACGACAGAGCUGUGUCCACCUUAUGCACCCUUCUUUGGCUUUGCGGGUGUCGGCGCAUCGAUGAUCUUCUCGACCAUCGGAGCGGCGUACGGAACGGCAAAGGCGGGAAUCGGGAUCACGGGGAUGGGCACGCUCAGGCCAGAACUGAUCAUGAAGUCCCUCAUCCCCGUCGUCAUGGCCGGAAUCAUCGCCGUCUACGGCCUCGUCGUCUCCGUCCUGAUCGUCGGCUCGCUCAACCCCUCAGACCCGUACCCUCUCUACGCCGGCUUCAUCCACCUCGCAGCGGGGCUCUCGUGCGGUUUGACAGGACUCGCGGCGGGUCGGGCAAUCGGAGUGGUGGGUGACGCGUGUGCGAGGGCGUAUUUGAGGCAGGGACGGGUGUUUGUCGCGAUGGUGUUGAUGCUGAUUUUCGCCGAGGUCAUUGGAUUGUACGGCCUGAUUGUGGCGCUGAUCUUGCAGUCGAAGGCGUCCGAGGGCAGCUGUUGA